AUGGACAGUGCCCUCAUUGAACUGAAGUAUGUGAAAAUAUGGGAUGUGAGAUAUUGUAUGGAUCUGGUGGGGAUUGACAUAAAAAACCAUGCAGUGGGGAAUCCUGGCAUCGUUCGAAUGUUGUCAUCCCAACCAUCAAGGAAACCUGGCUUCUUUGGCCAGUUUAUUGAUAAUAUCAAGCAAGAAAUGGAACGAAAUAAAGAGAUGAAGGAGAACGUAAAGAAGUUCCGUGAAGAGGCCCAGAAGUUGGAGCAGUCUGAAGCUCUAAGGAGUGCUCGUAAGAAGUAUGAGGAUUUUGAGAAAGAGACUGCAAGAGGAACACAAGCAUUUCGGGAGACAUUCACAUCUGUGAAGGAGAAACUUGGAGAAACUAUUGAAGAGGUACAGAAGUCAGAGUACAUAAAAAAAGCAGGUCAGAUCACUGAGGACUUGGGGAAGAAAGCCUAUACUGCAGCUGAGACUGUUUCCAAAGCUGGAGAGAGCAUAUCUAAAAUGGGUCCUUUUAAGACCAUCAAAAGUGGUGUUGAAGCAGUGGAGCAGGAGAUUGAUUCCAGGGCACGGAUGUAUAGAGCUCCGCAGAAGCUUCGUAAGAGAGUGGAGACCUCAGAACAUCGUGAUGUGCAAGUAAAUACAGAAGCAACAGGUCUAGAGCUUCACAAAGAUUCAAAAUGGUUUCAAAGUUGGCAGAACUUCAAAGACAAUAACCCUUAUGUGAACAAGAUUUUGGAUUGGAAGGUCAAGUAUGACGAGAGUGAAAAUCCAGUUGUUCGGGCAUCUCGAAUGCUCACUGACAAAGUUACAGACAUAAUGGGUGGUCUUUUCCAGAAGACAGAGUUAUCUCAAACCCUGACUGAAAUUUGCAAAAUGGACCCCAACUUUGACAAGAAUGAGUUUCUCAAAAUGUGUGAGACAGAGAUAAUUCCAAACAUCUUAGAAGCCAUGAUCCGAGGAGAUCUUGAGAUUUUGCGAGACUGGUGUCACGAAGCCCCAUUCAAUGUGCUUGCCACCCCCAUUCGAACAGCGCAACAAUUGGGUUAUAAAUUUGAUUCUAAGGUAUUGGAUGUGGACAAUGUGGACCUUUCAAUGGGGAAGGUGAUGGAGCAAGGCCCUGUACUCAUCAUAACAUUCACCUCCCAGCAAAUCCUAAGUGUGAGAGAUGCAUCUGGUACCGUAGUGGAAGGUGACCCUAAUAAGAUUUUGAGGGUGAAUUACGUCUGGGUUUUGUGUCGAGACCCAAAUGAACUCAAUGCUAGUGCAGCAUGGAAACUUAUGGACCUCUCUGCCCAUAGAUUGCUGGUGAAGGGUAGCCAGGAUGCCAAGAACAAGUAUAGCUAUAGCACUAUUGGUGCUGUGUUGAUGACAGAAGUCCUCAAACUUUUCCUCUCCCUUUUUAUCUACUUUUACAAAGAUGGGAACAUGAAGACACUGUGGCAUGACAUCUGCCAAAGUCGCCAAGUGCUGUUGCUGUAUUUUGUGCCUGCAUUUCUAUAUUGUCUCUACAAUAACCUGGCUUUCACUAAUCUGGGAACGUUUGAUCCAACAACAUACUUUCUGUUGCUUCAACUACGGGUUGUUGUUACUGGGGUUUGCUUCCAGGCUCUCUUUAAGAAGAUCCUCACAUUCAGGCAGUGGAUAUCAUUGCUCAUCCUCACAUUUGGUUGCAUUGUAAAAAACAUUGGGGUCACCAAGCCACAAAAUGAAGCCAGAGAAUUAUCCUCUUCUCUACCUGAAGUCAUCUUCUCUCACAUCACUGCAGCCCUUUUCAAUAUUGGCAUAAUUUUCAUCCUACUCCAGGUAUUUGCAUCCAGUUUUGCUGGGGUCUUCAAUGAAUACCUACUGAAAGGCUAUGGUGCCAAAACCCCCCUGAUGGUUCAAAACCUCUAUAUGUACUUCAAUUCCAUCAUAUGCAACCUCUUCUUGAUGUACUUGGAUCAAACUGUGGUUCAAAUUCAAGAUUCAUCUUACUGGAAGAACCUCUUUGACCCCAAAGUCUUCUUGAUAAUUGUGAAUAAUGCAGCCAUUGGAAUAGUGACAAGUUUCUUUCUUCAUCAGCUCAAUUCAAUUUUGAAAGCAUUUGCCAGUGCCCUUGAGCUUGUCUUUACGGCUGUCCUCACUUGGAUCAUAUUUGGAAUUCCCAUAGAUGGGUAUACCUUUGCUGCUCUAGUCAUUGUCAUCUAUGCAACACUGUUGUAUUCUCAGAGUCCCGUUGUGAAUGUGGCACGAACUGGAACUUCUUGAAAGAUUCCAAACUACUCAUCCCUUUCAGAGAUUGAUGUGAUUGUUCCAUUAAUUAGAGAAUGGAAAUCUUGAUAACAUUAAGUACAAUUGGGAUCAUGAGUGCCAUACGUCUUACCUCUAGCCAUUUUUUAGUGCAAAGAAGUCAAAAUAUUGUUUAUGUGGGGUCACAAGCAUUUCUUGACAGUCAUGAAAGACAUUGGAAUCCUGUUUAAUUUUGCUAUGAGUGUGAAGUUGAGUUCAUUAUUCAUGCCAUCCUUGUUGGCUAAACAUUCAAAAGUGGGUCCUGGUUUGUGGUUGAUCUCAUUGCCUUCAAUAUCCUUCCUGUAGCAUUUACAUGUUAGACUCUUCAUCCAGUGCCACAUUGUUUUCCUUAUAGUUAAUGAUGUCUUGAUUCUCCAAGGUGUAGACUCCCUUUUUUGCUUAUAGAUACUGUUUGUUAUUGGGAACCCCAUGAUUCAUGGAAAUGAGACCUCUAAUUCCUCAAAGCUAACAGGAAAAUUGCAUGUAUUUU